GUCUCGCGGUGCUACGGCUCGGACCCCGGAGCCGCGGGCCCGGCACCCCAGCCGCACCACAAAGGCUGAACCCGGAGGAGGCCGGGGAAGGGAGGAGCGCGGGUGCGCGCAGACGAACGGGGAGCGCGCGGGGCGCGGGGAGCAGCGCGGGCAGGAGCGCGGGGCGCUCUCAGAGCGCGGGAGCGCGGGGAGCACCGCCCGCACCUUCCUUUGUGUGGCGCGGCCGCGGCGGCGCUGGCUCGCGCCGGGUCCCCAUCCCCGCCCCCGCCCCCGCCCCCGCCCGGAGCUCCGGUCCCUUCCCGGCAAGAUGGCAACCCCGGCCGCCGUCAACCCUCCGGAAAUGGCUUCAGACAUACCUGGAUCUGUGACCUUGCCUGUUGCCCCCAUGGCGGCCACCGGACAGGUGAGAAUGGCAGGGGCCAUGCCUGCCCGAGGAGGAAAGCGGCGAUCCGGAAUGGACUUCGAUGAUGAAGAUGGUGAAGGUCCCAGUAAAUUCUCAAGAGAGAACCACAGUGAGAUUGAGCGGCGCAGGCGGAACAAGAUGACUCAAUAUAUUACGGAACUCUCGGAUAUGGUUCCCACCUGCAGUGCACUGGCUAGGAAGCCAGACAAGCUGACCAUUCUGCGCAUGGCGGUCUCGCACAUGAAGUCCAUGAGGGGCACUGGCAACAAAUCUACUGAUGGCGCAUACAAGCCUUCCUUCCUCACUGAGCAGGAACUAAAGCAUCUCAUCCUUGAAGCCGCUGAUGGAUUUCUGUUUGUGGUGGCAGCCGAGACAGGGAGAGUAAUCUAUGUGUCUGAUUCCGUCACUCCUGUCCUGAACCAGCCACAGUCAGAAUGGUUUGGGAGCACACUCUAUGAGCAGGUGCACCCUGAUGAUGUGGAGAAACUGAGAGAACAGCUGUGCACUUCAGAAAACUCCAUGACAGGACGAAUCCUGGACCUGAAGACUGGGACAGUGAAGAAGGAGGGACAGCAGUCGUCCAUGCGCAUGUGUAUGGGCUCUCGGCGCUCCUUCAUCUGUAGGAUGAGGUGUGGAAAUGCUCCCUUGGACCACCUGCCUUUGAACAGAAUAACCACCAUGAGGAAAAGGUUCAGGAAUGGCCUUGGCCCUGUGAAAGAAGGAGAAGCCCAGUAUGCCGUGGUCCACUGCACAGGCUACAUCAAGGCUUGGCCACCAGCAGGAAUGACCAUACCUGAAGAAGAUGCUGAUGUCGGACAAGGCAGUAAAUAUUGCCUUGUGGCAAUUGGGAGGCUCCAGGUGACCAGCUCUCCUGUGUGCAUGGACAUGAGUGGCAUGUCAGUGCCCACAGAGUUCCUGUCACGGCACAACUCUGAUGGGAUCAUCACAUUUGUGGACCCAAGAUGCAUCAGUGUGAUUGGCUACCAGCCCCAGGACCUUCUGGGAAAGGACAUUUUGGAAUUCUGCCACCCUGAGGAUCAGAGCCACCUACGGGAGAGCUUCCAGCAGGUGGUUAAGCUGAAGGGCCAAGUGCUGUCGGUCAUGUAUCGGUUCCGCACCAAGAACCGGGAGUGGCUGUUGAUCCGUACCAGCAGCUUCACCUUCCAGAACCCCUACUCUGAUGAGAUCGAGUACGUCAUCUGCACCAACACCAAUGUCAAGCAACUUCAGCAACAGCAGGCAGAACUGGAGGUACACCAGAGAGAUGGGCUGUCAUCAUACGACUUAUCUCAGGUCCCGGUACCCAACCUACCCGCUGGUGUUCAUGAGGCAGGGAAGUCUGUGGAAAAGGCAGAUGCCAUCUUCUCCCAAGAGCGAGACCCUCGUUUUGCUGAGAUGUUUGCAGGCAUCAGUGCAACGGAGAAGAAGAUGAUGAGCUCAGCCUCAGCAUCAGGCAGCCAGCAGAUCUACUCCCAAGGAAGUCCAUUCCCCGCAGGGCACUCGGGCAAGGCCUUCAGCUCUUCCGUGGUCCACGUGCCUGGAGUGAAUGACAUUCAGUCCUCCUCCUCCACGGGACAGAACAUAUCACAGAUCUCCCGGCAGCUGAACCAGGGCCAGGUGGCAUGGACAGGCAGCCGUCCACCCUUCCCAGGGCAGCCCAGCAAGACUCAGUCAUCUGCCUUCGGAAUUGGGUCAAGCCACCCCUACCCAGCUGACCCUUCAUCCUACAGUCCUCUCUCCAGUCCAGCUGCCUCCUCACCAAGCGGAAACGCAUACCCAAGUCUUGCCAACAGGACUCCAGGGUUUGCUGAGAGUGGACAGAGUGGUGGGCAAUUCCAGGGCCGGCCCUCGGAGGUCUGGUCCCAGUGGCAGAGCCAGCAUCACGGACAACAGAGUGGUGAGCAGCACUCCCACCAGCAGCCUGGCCAGACUGAAGUGUUCCAGGUAAAUCCAGCGAGCAGCGCCUUCUCGUAGGUGACAUGCUACCCAUGCCGGGCGACCCGACGCAGGGGACUGGCAACUAUAACAUCGAGGACUUUGCUGACCUGGGCAUGUUCCCUCCAUUUUCUGAGUAGCUUCAGGCAAAGCCAGGCUUCUACUGUCCAGGCGCUAUUAUCAUGACAUAGAUGCCCGUGUUCAAAGAGGGCCCCCUCACCCAGCUUGCCCUGCUGCAGGACCCCCAGACAUCCCCCUUAUUCCCAUCCUCCCUGGACAUGGCAUCACCUGGCUCUAACCCACAGCCCUGGCUUCUUGGGUUUGGGAUCUUUGUAUUUAUUGUACUUUAUCUGUGUGCUCAGAAGGGGGCCUCCAGGAUCUUAAAUUCCAUUGUGAAUAAUCUAUUAAUGGACAAUUUGCACCCAUCAAGUGUUUGCUUGAUCCACAAUGGCUGGCAGCACCAGCAGGUCUGCCUGGCGCAGAAGCUGGGUUUCUUUCUGCUUUUUCACAGCUGCUGCCUGGAGGCUUCGUGUCAGAGUGAGAGGCAGUAACCUCUGCAUUUUGAGCUGGAGUCAGGAGCACAGGAUGUGAGUCUCCCACACUAGCUAUCCUUGAUGGCCUGGGGCCAGGUGUGCUUUAAACCUGAGAAUCAAAGUUGUGGCUUGGUAGAUGUACUGUGGUGUGUUGGUGUGUGUGGCCAGUGCAAGUGAGAAGCCAUCCCCAUUCAGCUGCAUUUCAAAGGAGAGCAUGACUGGAGCCUGGGAGCUGGGCUGACUCCCCAGAAGCCAGGGCUGGCGAGCUGCUCACUCUCUAAGUCAGUUCUUUGGUUUCCUGCCCUUUUACACACAUCCUCCACUUCUUAAAGUUUCUAGUCCUUCCUCCUUGUGGCCUAUGAGAGCGUUCACGCUUCUCUUACUAGGUCUGAGGGACAGUGUCCUGACUCCAUGAAGGUCACUGCGUGCUCCCUGCUCUGCCGCAGAGAAGAGCUGAUUUCUGCCCAGCGCCUUCAGGAAGCCAGACCUGGCCCUCUGUAUAGGAUUCGGAUACCUGGAAAGAAGAUGGGGCCACACUCUGGGUGGAGAAGGGUUCGCUGGGCCACCUGAGCCUCUGUCCUCAGCAGGCAGGAGAGGCAGGAGUAUCUCAGGGGUGGGUGCAGGGGGGGAGACACAGCCAGGACUGUGAGGCCAGGGACUCUGCUCUGGCCAAGCUUCUACGAAGACCUGAAUUCCUCAGUGGUCUUAAGGUAGAACUAUGAGCUAACUUCUAGAACAACAGUUCUCAGUCUGUGGGCUGUGUUGGGGGUGUCAGACUACAUUCCACAGGGGCUAUAUGUCAGAUAUUCUGCAUUUUAGAUAUUUAUAUAAUGAUACAUAACAGUAGAAAAUUACACUUAUAAAAUAACAAUGAAAAUGAUCUUAUAGUUGAAGGUCACCACUACAUGAGGAACUAUAUAAUAAAGGGUCACAGAGUUAGGAAGGUUGAAAGCCACUGUUCUAGAAGCUUCUACCUGGCCUAUCUCUGACAUUAGAGUUCCUGUGUUGGUCAGAUUUUAUAGAGCUUCAGAUUCCACCCAUUCCACCCUGCCCCUCCCCCACUCCAUAUGCUUCUAUGAGUUCUCUUUGCCUCCCUUCACUUAAUCAACCCACACCAAGAUACCUCACACCAGGUAUCAGCCCACUGAUGCCCAAAUGUGAGAGAAGCCACAGAGCUAGCUGGGGUCCUCCAGAAUCCUUUCAGGAACCUCUUGUUAGAACAGUGGAGGGCAUGCUCUCAGAACAGACCUACCAUGCUGCCUGGCUCCUGAGAAGCUGGGAGUACAAGAGGCUCCAGAACGCACAGGGGCAGAAUGAGUGUGUAGAUUAAGAGCCUUGCAGAACACCACUCCACUCAGAAGCUCAGCUCUGCCAUUGUUUGGACAGGACUCACUUGAAAACUUUACUUGGCUCAGCAGACUGCCCUUGGCAGCAACCCGCCCUAAGGGAUUCCCGUUCCUGACAAACCCCAGCCCCAGAGAUCCCCAAGCAGCUUUGAAUCCCAGCCCCAGAGAUCCGCAAGCAGCUUUGAAUCCAUUCCAUGGAGAGUAUGGACACACAGUCGGAGCUUCAUCUCAGCCUCAGAACCCCCCAAACGUCUCCUAUGUGUGCUGCCUAAUUUGGCUUCUGUCCCCAGCAGCCUGGAGCUGGCCCCAGGUGGUGAGCAUAAGUUAUAAAAGGGAAAAAGGCUCAAAGCUAGCUUCAGGAGCAAAGAAUGCUUUGCAGCGAUGAGAACAGCCCGAGGCCUUUAGCUUGUGAAUUAAGAAGUGUGGAAGCUAUGGGUUUGGUUUUAUUGCCUUUCGUGGGAAGUGGGUGCUUUUCUUGGGGUGUGACAUGGACUGUCACACUGCCUUGGGUUCAGGGCACUAAGGUCUGCCAGAAGAAAUAGGACAGAAUUCUCGCUUGCAAUCAUCUCAUGCCUUCUCUCUGUUAAGAAGUUGAGGGUAAAGACAACUCAGUCCUUGGUUCUGGGGAGCAGAGGGGAAGGAAUGUUGGGCAACCCAGAGACAAUAGCAAGCACGUUUCAAUGGCUCCUGCUUCUCCCCAGUCUCAUCUAGGGAGUUCCAUAGGCUAGAAGAAGGUGGGGAUUUAGACUGGCUUAAAUUCUGAGUCUUUUCUAUACCUCUUCUGCUCCUAUGAUGUGAUUCUCAAAAGCCACAUGUGGAGGAGGUUGGUGGGGGACGAGAAGCCAGAAAUGAAGAAUACCACCCCAUAAGGACUUCUCUCACCCAAGUAUUUUUGAAACACGUGGAGGCAGAAUCAACGCUGUUAUCCUGCAAAAGAUGUCCCUUCAUAUGUUCUCUGCAGAGGAAGCCAAUAUACUGGUCCUCCAGUUAAUAUCCCUCCAGCUACCUGUCCUGGUGAUGGUCUUACCAGGUAGGGAUGGAUAGAAUAUGUUGGCUUCCUGCAGUUCUGUACCUCACCACUUCAUUCACUGCUGAAGUCCAGUUGGCUCUUAGUAGGCUGAGCAAGCAGGAGAGGGACAUACAAGGACCACCCGAGUCAUUUGCCAGAGUAUAGGAGCUCUAGAAGAAUGGGCCAUAGACUGCCAGACCAGCCAAGGAUAGUUCUAGAACCCUGCCUCGAUGUCACUCCUGUUUGUUUCAUUGUGGUUUCAGGGAGUGAGUGAGCCAGCGUGAACAUCCACAUUCAUCUUGCCCAGCUCAGCCUGUUCUUGCAUCAUAAAGUAACUAUUAUGGGUAGUAGUAUUUGGAUUGGCGACAUAACCCGCUGAGGAGGAGCUCACACUCCCCUGUCAUUAGGAGGACACUGAGGCCCCAGGUUAGCCCACUGGCAGGCAUGCACACUCUCUUCAGCUCUGAGCUAGAGAUCUGGCAGGUCCAGGGAGAGGAUUCUGUAUUCUACUUUGUAGCACAGUCCAGCCAAUGAGCAGUAGCCACUCCCAAUGUGAGCUCACCUCUUUGUGACAUCGAUAGCCUGCUCACAAGCAAAAACAAGUCGUUUGCUAAUCACCAAUAGCAAGGCAAAAUUCAAACCUUCUUUGUAUGUGGCCAUGGGUUGCUAUGUGCUAACUUGCCAGUUCAUCUUCCCUCCCCUCCCAAGCUGAUGCUCACCUGAAGUGCCACCACUGGAGAGACUGAAGCAGGAAGGGUCGCGAGUUCAGGAGUUCAAGACCUACCUGGGAAACAUAAUAAAACUAAUCUUAAAAACAAAUCUAAGCUGAGUAACUUGGCCACGUUUCAUGUGCUGAGGAGUCACCAGCUCCCUGGCUGCCAGCUUCCUCCAUUGCCUAGAAUCUGGGACAGCUUUAAAGAGGUAGCUCCACAUGUGACAUGCCGUGUCUUGUGCCCUAAGCUGGGUUUGUUCAGGUAGCCUGCAAACCCUAGUGGCUACUGGCUAUAGCAAAAUGGAGCUUUUCACAGGUCAUCCAGGGCCUAGCAGUUUGCUUUGUCUAACCGUCUGUUUCCUCAAAGAAAACUUCACAAGCAGGCUUCCAAGAACAGCAAGCACUUACUCAUCUCUCUCUUAGCCUUUCUUAUGGAUGUGAACUGUGCUGUGGGUAAAUCAUUUGUAUUUCUUGAAUGUUCUGUAUGACUAACAGGUAUUAAGUCACUGGGUAUAUGUAUAACUAAUGUAACUGCCUUUUAAAUUUUCAUUACAAUAAAAUGACUUUGCUCUGAAA